UCUUAAAAAAUUUUGUGAACUAAACAAGGCCUAAGCAGGUAGGCACCAGGCACACAGUGAUAGGCAGGCUGUACCGUCGGUCUCGCUCCCGUCGCCGGCUGGUUCGAGAACCACCCACGGUUUUCUCUCACAGCUUUCUUGUAAGCUCCACGUCAGGCCCGCUUGUCGUGUUUCUCAUCUCGCAACGAUAAAUACGCCUCCCGUCCACUUCGUUGCGAGCCAAGCUCACAAGAGCAGAGCAGACAAACACGCACUGCACUUUCUUCUCCCUCCUCCUCCCCACUCUCUAAAGCAGCAAAAGCACUUGGCAAAGCUGCGCAUCCAAGCUUUGGUCCGGACUCCACCGGGAAGACACCAACAAGCCAGAUAGAGAGAGGCCAGACGAGACAUGGCGACGUCGGUGGCCUGCGCCUUCUUCUUCGACGCGGAGCCGCUGGGCGAGCCCGGGCGGCACGCGCUGGACGCCUGCGCGCUCUGCUCCAAGCCGCUCACCCGCAACAGCGACAUCUUCAUGUACAAGGGCGACACCCCGUUCUGCAGCGAGGACUGCCGCUACGAGCAGAUGCACCACGACGCGGCCUGCGCGCGGCAGGCCGCCAGCAGCAGCCGGCGGAAGCAGCAGCAGUCGCAGCGGAGCAGGGGAGCCUCUGUGGCCGCCAAGGCGGACGUGUACGUGGCCAGCUAGUUGACAGGCAAAGCACAGUGAGGCCAAGGAAGAAGAAGAAGAAGGAGGAGGUCGUGCUGGUUCAUCGAGCAGCUACAGCUGCAAGAGAUCCCGCUGGGGGAGGCGCUCCUGGCUGGCCGCCGGCGGCCGGCGCCGCGCCGCGCAACGAGUUUUGUGCCGGGAACAGAGGCAAGCGGGGGUGGAUCUGGAGACUGAAGAAGGCGAUUAUGACAGCCUCAUCUGCGGGGUUGGAAACUCAGAUCGAUGCCAUGCGUGCUCUCCCUCUCCUUGGUUCUGUUUUCCCUGAUGGGAUCUCUUGGGUUGUGUGUGCUAGAGGUUGAGGCGUGAGGGUGUGUGCGGAAGCACCAUCGGCUUGUAAAUGUACGCGCGGCAUUUCAAGAAGUUAUGAUAGCCCAUAAAUUUUGAUCGCAGAAAUCUUGUUCAUGA